GCUUUCUUCAAAUGAAACUGCGAGACUUCUUCCUCUCAUUUGCGCCAACCGAGUUCUUCUGACAGAAGAAGAAUUAAGUUUCUUCAUUCAAGUGCUGCUGAAGAGAGUCUCUCGAGUGUCUCCUCUUUAUGCUGAGGCGCAGCGGCUGAGUGCAGCAGCAGCAGCAACAGCUCUUUUUGCUGUUGCACUCAACGGCGUUAACCCGAGUAAGAGCAGCAGCAGCAGCAGCAGCGGCAGCAGCAGGCAGCAGCAGCAGCAGCGGCAGCAGCACUCUAGUUGUAGGCUUAGAGAAGCAACAGCAGCAGCAACAGCACUUCUUGCUGUUGCACUCAACGGUGUUAAUCCGAAACUCUUUGGAGGUUUAAUAAACCAUUUGCUGCUGGAGGCCCCUGGGCUGGAGGAGUCGCAGCCGGCGCAGUCGGUGACUUUCGCGCGGCUGUGCUGGGCCGUGUGCGCGUUGAGGGCCUUCGACCCCGCAGUUGCUGCAGACAGCUGGGACCCCACAGCUGUCUCGUUGCUGCUGCAGCAGUCCCUUUUUAAAGUGGAGACAGAACAGCCUUUGGCCCUCGCUCUCAUUCCAGACAUACUGACGGAACUUGAGGUGUCUAGACACCUGCUGCCCAACAUCGAAGUUCCGCAAACCCUUGCUGCUGCAGCAGCAGAAGCAGCACGAGUGCAGAGUCUCCUUGACCGCCGCCAAACGCGGCGUCUCCACUUUACUCUUCGGAGGGCCCUUGAGAAGCUGGGGGCCCACGUGCAGCCCAGCAGCAGCAGCAGCAGCAGCAGCAGCAGCAGCAGCAGCAGCGGCAGCAGCAGCGGCAGCGGGGGUAGCGGAGUUGCUGACGAACUCGAAAUGGAGGACCUGUACGAUGAUGAGCCGCAGCAGCAGCAGCAGCAGCAGCAGCAGCAGAAGCAGCUGCAGCAGCAAGAGCAGCCGCAGCAGCAGCAGCAGCAGCAGCAGGGGGAGAGCAGCAGCAAAGCAGCAGCAGACGUGUGGAUUUAUAAUGAGCAGCUGGGGCCCUAUAAUGUCUCCUUCUACUGCCCAGGGAGACAGCUGGUCCUCGAGAUCGACGAGCGCUGCCUUGGCCCAAGCAAAUAUGUGAAGAAGAGACACUUGGAAACUCUCUUUAAGGACCAAGGUUUGCGCGUGCUGAUUGUGGGGGAACAUUUAUUUCAACUUUCCAGAGUCACAGGAGAACAGGGCGUUGACAUGCUCAAAAAAGCCAUUAAUGAACCCGAAGCAGCAGAAGCUCUUUGCCCUUCUCGCCACGUGCAGCUGCAGGCUCUCCUCAAGAGGGCCCCCAGGCAGCAGCAGCUGCAGCAGCAGCAGCAGCAGCAGCAGCAGUAG